AUGUACGACUAUAAUGGAUUUGAUCUUUAUGAUCCAAAAAUUCUCGACGAUGCCCGACGUAUUAAAGCUGAAAAAAAAAUGACUUUUGAUGAACUUUAUGCACUGUUUGCUUUAGAAUUUAAUCUUAGUGAAGAUUCAUUUCGUUUGUGGCAUGUUCAAGAAAACACGGUUCGAGAUGAUCGAAAUCCAACUAUUUCAAUGACUCGUGUCCGACCAUCGACAUUAUUAAAGCGGAGUAUGGAGAUGUGUUGUCAGAAUAAACUCGAAACAGCCCUCGAAUCUGAUCGCAAUGUUGUUUUUCUUGAAAUUGCAACUGAUUCGGGAGGUCCCAUCCCUACCCUCGAACCAUAUGAUGAUAAUCAUGAUAUGAUGCUGUUUUUGAAGUAUUAUGAUGCUGAUCAGCGGCAAACUUUCUUUAGCGGCCACAUAAUGGCUAACUGCAAAUCUACAAUGCGAGCGCAUAUUCCUCGAAUACUUGAAAAAAUCGGUUUACCACCAAAUACAGAAUUGAAAUUUUAUGAGGAAAUAGCACCAGAGCGUAUUCGACCAAUUUGUGCAGAUGAUUUAAUAACUCAUGAUCAUAGUUUGAUCGAUCCUAUCGAUGGAGCUAUUGUGGUUGUUGAACGAGUCGAUAAAUCAAGUCCAGAUAAUAAUGCCUAUAUUCAUCAUACAAGUAAAUAUAAUGCUUUGUUGGUUGAAGCCAUUCAAAAUCUGGACGGCUUUGGCACUCCAGUUGCUGAACGUUAUCCACCUAUUCAAGGAGAAAUUAGUCAAACUUGGACAAUGAGUCAGGUGAUGCAGUGGAUAGCUAAUGGGAUCAAUUGCCCAGCAGAUCGUAUAUUGUUAUGGAAGGUUACACAAUAUAAUGAGAAACCAACUAAUAAUCAUAUAACUGACCAUGAAAUGCGAGUUUACUCAUUAAAAGAUUUACUUGGGCUCAACGGUAAUCAUAGACAUGAUCCUCGAAGGCAAAAAAGAUAUCGCAUAUAUUAUACAAAAAUGCCCAUCCCUGUGUCUGAUUUAGAGCGACGGUAUAAAAUGAGAUUGCAAUGCAUGGACGAAAAAUUGCAAAUAACGGAAAUAACGGUUUUUCCCGAAAGAAAUGGUACAGUCCAAUCUAUUUUGAAUGAAGCACAACGAGAGUUUCGCUUUUCUCCCAACGGAACUAAAAUAUUAAGGCAUGAUUUUUCAUUUUUUAAAGCUUAUAAUAAAUUUUUUAAAUGCGAUAAUUUUGAUUUUAAUUAUUUUAGGUUGGUUUAUUCGGGUCAAGUUUCUCAUUGUCUUCGCGUUUAUCAAAUUUUUUCUAAUGAUACACCUGCAAUGGAAGUCUAUCAGAAAAUUGGCAAUACUUCUUAUGCAGAUCCUGCUCGUAUGUUUGGCGUACCGUUUUAUAUAAAAGUAACUAAUGGCGAAUCAUUCGAAUGCGUUAGCGAGCGAAUUAGGAAAAAAUUAGAUGUUAGUGAGAAAGAGUUCGAAAAGUAUAAAUUCACAAUUGUUAUGAAUAAUCGUGCGACAAAAUAUUUGGAGAAAGAAAACGUUGUAAACUUAAAUGAAUUAGCUCAUAAACAUAUAACAGACAAUUUGGAUAAUUUAGCACCAGGUUUUGCUUCUGCUCCUUGGCUUGGUCUUGAUCAUAUGAAUAAAAGUCGGGCCUCUCGUGGAUGUCAUACUACUGAAAAAGCGAUCAUUAUUCACAAUUGA